UGGCCCGGGAGGCGUGCCGCCAUCUCAGUGAGAACCGCCGGAGGGCCGGGUCUGCGGGAUGCGGGAUGCGAAGGGAGAUGGGACAGAGCUUAGGCCCGGCAGAGACUACAGAGAUUGGGGUUGGAGGGAGAAAAGAGCUACCCUUGGAAGCAGAGUUCCAGGAGCCAGAAGUACUACUACCAAGCUGUCUUCGUGUCCAUCCUUAAGAAAAAAAGAAAGAUGGCCAAGGAGAGGGGCCUAAUAAGCCCCAGUGAUUUUGCCCAGCUGCAAAAAUACAUGGAAUACUCCACCAGAAAGGUCAGUGAUGUCCUAAAGCUCUUUGAGGAUGGUGAAAUGGCUGAAUAUCUCCAAGGAGAUGCCAUUGGGUACGAAGGAUUCCAGCAAUUCCUGAAAAUCUAUCUGGAAGUGGAUAAUGUUCCCAGUCCCCUAAGCCUGGCACUGUUUCAAUCCUUCCGGACUAGUUACUGCUUAGAAGAGACUGUAAAAGAAGAUGUGGUGUGUCUCAGUGAUGUCUCCUGCUACUUUUCCCUUCUGGAGGGUGGCCGGCCAGAAGACAAGCUAGAGUUCACCUUCAAGCUGUACGACACGGACAGAAAUGGGAUCCUGGACAGCUCAGAAGUGGACAAAAUCAUCAUACAGAUGAUGCGAGUGGCUGAAUACCUGGAUUGGGAGGUGUCUGAGCUGAGGCCGAUUCUUCAGGAGAUGAUGAAAGAGAUUGACUAUGAUGGCAGUGGCUCUGUCUCCCUAGCUGAGUGGCUCCGGGCUGGGGCCACCACCGUGCCACUGCUAGUGCUACUGGGUCUGGAGAUGACCCUGAAGGACAAUGGGCAGCACAUGUGGAGACCCAAGAGGUUCCCCCGACCAGUCUACUGCAACCUGUGCGAGUCGAGCAUUGGUCUUGGCAAACAGGGGCUGAGCUGUAACCUCUGUAAAUACGUCGUUCACGACCACUGUGCCAUGAAGGCCCAGCCCUGCGAAGUCAGCACCUAUGCCAAGUCUCGGAAGGACAUUGGUGUCCAAUCACAUGUGUGGGUGCGAGGAGGCUGUGAGUCUGGACGCUGCGACCGCUGUCAGAAAAAGAUACGGAUCUACCACAGUCUGGUUGGGCUGCAUUGUGUGUGGUGCCACCUAGAGAUCCAUGACGACUGCCUGCCAGCCAUGGGCCAUGAGUGUGACUGUGGGCUGCUCCGCGAUCACAUCCUGCGUCCAUCUUCCAUCUAUCCCAGCGUCCUUGCCUCUGGACAGGAGCGUAAAAUUAGCAAAACAAACCAGAAGACUGUGGAUGAUUUAAAUUUGAGCACCUCUGAGGCACUGCGGAUUGACCCUGUUUCUAACACCCACCCACUUCUGGUCUUUGUCAACCCCAAGAGUGGUGGGAAGCAAGGGGAGAGGGUGCUUUGGAAAUUCCAGUAUCUACUAAACCCUCGACAGGUGUUCAACCUCCUAAAGGAUGGUCCCGAGCCAGGGCUCAGAUUCUUCAGAGAUGUUCCUGAUUACCGGGUUUUGGUGUGUGGAGGAGAUGGCACAGUAGGCUGGAUUCUAGAGACCAUUGACAAAGCCAACUUGCCUUUUGUGCCUCCUGUUGCUGUGUUGCCCCUGGGCACUGGAAAUGAUCUGGCUCGUUGCCUAAGAUGGGGAGGAGGGUAUGAGGGACAGAAUCUGGGGAAGAUCCUCAAGGAUUUAGAGACGAGUAAGGUGGUACACAUGGAUCGAUGGUCUGUGGAGGUGAUACCCCAACAAACUGAAGAAAAGAGUGACCCAGUCCCCUUUCAAAUCAUCAAUAACUACUUCUCCAUUGGUGUGGAUGCCUCUAUUGCUCACCGAUUUCACAUCAUGCGGGAGAAAUAUCCUGAGAAGUUCAACAGCAGAAUGAAGAACAAGCUAUGGUACUUCGAAUUUGCCACUUCUGAAUCCAUCUUCUCAACGUGCAAAAAGCUGGAGGAAUCUUUGACAGUUGAGAUCUGUGGGAAACCACUGGAUCUGAGCAACCUGUCCCUAGAAGGCAUUGCAGUGCUAAACAUCCCGAGCACGCAUGGGGGCUCCAAUCUCUGGGGUGACACCAAGAGACCGCACAGCGAUAUCCAUGGGAUCAACCAGGCCUUAGGUGCUACAGCCAAAGUGAUCACCGACCCUGAUAUCCUGAAAACCUGUGUACCAGACCUAAGCGACAAGCGGCUGGAAGUAGUAGGGCUGGAGGGUGCAAUUGAGAUGGGCCAGAUCUAUACCAAGCUCAAGAAUGCUGGACAUCGGCUAGCCAAGUGCUCUGAGAUCACCUUCCACACCACAAAAACCCUCCCCAUGCAAAUUGAUGGAGAACCCUGGAUGCAGACACCCUGUACAGUGAGUAUUGCCUAUGCCUGCCAAAAACUGAACCCCCAGGCUCCGUGGAUCCUAAAUUUCCAUUCCACAGCUUCUUUACUUCCUGCUGAGGCCUCAAGUUCCCCUGUGCACCCUUCCUCCCAAAUCCUGAUUUCUCAGCCCCUGGCCUUCCUACCAUGGCCUCUCUAGGACCCUGGCAACCCACCCUGAACCCUACAGAUUUUCCCCUAAAUCUCUGCUGCUCCAGCCCCAAGGCACUAGGUCUUAAUCUCUGAAUGCGCCUCCUUCCUUUCCAGAUCAAGAUUACCCACAGGAACCAGAUGCCCAUGCUCGUGGGCCCACCCCCCCGCUCCUCCAAUUUCUUUGGCUUCUUAUGCUGAGGGGGGACAUCUCAGCCUCCAAGCCAGCCUUGAGCCCACCUCCUUGUGCCUGGACUCUACUCCCUAGGCUCCGUACAUUGCUGCCAAACACUCCUGCCAGCUCAGGGGAGUGUUCCUUCACCCUCACAGUAUUUAUUAUCCUGCACCAUCUCCACUAUUCCCCGUGCACAUGUGCACACACACACAUACACACACACGUCACAAACAAUACAUUGAAAGUGCCUCAUCUGAAUAAAAUGACUUUUUUUCCCACUGGGAUAUCUGUU